UUCUCCCCAAUAUAGAGUUGCUUACAUCUAGUACAGUGAAUACAAUAAAUAAUGCACUCCGAUGUACAGAUGAAUUGCCUUUUACGUGAAAGAACCCAGCAGUUCAUCAUACUGAGUUCUAUUUAUGCGCAACUGCUGGUUGUCGUUUGUAUCACUUUAUUCACAUCUGAGGUCGUCACUUCGGAAGUUCCUUUCUUUUAUUUCGAGUAUGCAACUGUACAAGUAAACAAGAUCGUACAUGACGCCAAACAGUCACACUACACCGUGGGGAGAAUUAUGAACUCCGCUAUAAUGAACGGUUUAAGGAAAAUUGGCCUCAGACGAGAAACAGAGGACCCCAAAAGCCAUAAUACCCAUAACUCAUACAGUGAAAAAAGCCACGGGAGCUUGUUCUUGAGGAUUGGAGCAAUAGCAUUUGGACUAGGAACAAUGAUUUACAACGGACUAGAAUUUGGGAAAUUCUUCGAGGUCCCAGUUUCGUCCCCAUGUUACAGUGUUCUUUUGGGCGUGAAUCCUGUUUUCCAGAUGAUCUUCACCUUCUUCCAAAUGUAUUUUAUAUUUGUGAAUUGCAGGCUGAACAUACAGAAAUUCAAGACAGUGGCUAGAUUUGGCUUAAUGCAUAUGGUUGCUACAAACCUUUGUGUAUGGCUAAGAACGCUGGGCAAAGAAACUCUUUACGAAAUUUCUGAAGAACUAAUAAAAAGUGAGCAGACAAAUCUUCUAGAAGAGUUGAUCGUUCCAAUCAAAGAUAAUAGCACUAAAAGAAACAACACGAACAUCUGCCAGAAAACUGACAUCAUGGGUGAUAUUGUAUCACAUUCGUCUCCUUUUCUUUACCCUUUCAUCGUGGAAUACAGUCUGAUUGGAGCGGCAAUUCUUUAUGUCAUGUGGCAGAACAUAGGCAAGACUCCAGUCGUUAGAGUAGAAACUCAGGAAAACGAUGGAGUUUUGGAUUCUUCCAGUCCACGUACACGUACCAGGAUGAAUUGCGUUGGAGCCAGCAAAGGAUUAUUCUUAGGUUUAUUAGUGUUGGUAGUUUGUCUGAUCUGCUUGAUUGUAUUUUUUGUAUUAGUCCAUCAUGAAGAGUAUAAAAUUCUAGCGAUUUUCUUAGGAGAUAUAUCGCUUUGUGUUCUUCUUGUACUCAAUAUUAUCGCAAUUAUUGCAGGUUUUAUUCAAGUAAGGCCUUUAAGAUAUUUUCCUGAGAGAAGAGAGGAAUUUAGUAGCAUCCUCCUUGGUAUUGCAGGCUUUGGGCUGUUUUUAUAUGCUAUUUUUGGAAUUAUAGCAGGAUCUGUGUCUUCUGUAUUCUCUGUUUCUAACCUUCUAGUUUUGAUAAACAGCUGUCUAACUUUGGUCCAAGUGAUAAUUCAGUCGUUAUUCAUCUCAGAUGUUGUCUGUCGGUCAACAUAUCUCUCCGAACACAAUAAACAGAAGCCUGGGAAACAGGUAGUAACAUUCUUGAUGAUUAGUAACAUCACCUUCUGGAUAAUCUACACCUUUCAGACGCAGAAAGUGGAAGCCAGUCCAGUGGAAUUAAACUUUUUUGGUAUGUGGGGUUGGACAAUAAUUGUUCGCAUCACCCUGCCACUGGCCAUCUUUUACAGAUUUCACUCUGCUGUUACGUUCGCUGAAGUUUGGAAAAACUCAUACAAGACAUCACCGCAUAAAACAUAUAUAUUGUUAUGUUCCACUUCCAGUAUAGAACUUCUUAUUCAUUUUUAUAAUAUCAAACAUUUAUUGCUCCUGAAUA